CUGAAUCCAUAGCCGAAUUGGGGAGCCUGACGAUCGCGUAUCGCAGGCCGAAUCCCCCCAAACCAGGCCUUCGCAAUCCCGAACUCGACACGAUGCACUAGUAGAAAAUGAAGUUCAGAGACGAAAUUCACUUCGAAAACCGAGGAUCUCCGCAUGCUUUAAUGGAAACAAAAUCCGGAAAUUUCUAUAGAUCUCUGUUUAUUCUCUCCUUCUAAUAGGUAUAGGAGCGGAAUAUGGGAAUCAACCCGAGACCUCAUGGAUCUUGGUGAUCUAGAAGAAAAAAAAGGGAUUCUAACGGAUGAGCUGGUCGUUACGGACGAAGAGGACAACUUGCGAAGAGAUGGAAAGGUCACAGUCAAAUUAAAAGCACCCCGAUUACCCAAGUCUCGAGACACCAAGCAGAGCAGCUACGGCAGCUCGCGUAACGCGAGAGGGAUUGAAAAGAGAUGAGGGCGUCAGAAAGUUUGGGUGAGAUUGAUGGUGCUCUUUCGGCCCUUCACUUGGAUCUCCAUCGGAUAAAAUUCACACCCCAUCUCUUCUCUUCUGCCCUCUUCUUCCAUCCUUCAUCAUCCCUUCGCUCACGCACCUAGACAGCACAUAUAUAUACAUACAUACGUAUCUACAAAAUAUCCUCCACCAAAAUAUCUCCGAACCUUGCACUUUUUCUCUCUCUCUCUCUCUCUCUCGUAUUUGGCUUCUGCUUGAAGAGGGAAAAGCAUGGUGUACCGUGAGCGCCGCCACCACCACCACCAACCCUGUUUGCACUGCGACCCGCAAAGCUACAUAAGAAUGGUGCACCAUUUGAUCGAGAGGUGCCUUCUCUUCCAUAUGACCAGAGAUGACUGCAUCCAAGCUCUAGCCAAACACGCCGGCAUUCAGCCCAUUGUCACCCUCACCGUGUGGAAAGGGCUGCUGAAGGAGAAUAAAAGCUUCUUUGAAGCAUAUUACCAAGUUGCUCCCCAAAGCUGUCCGCAAUAUAAGCCAUCGGAGAGAAUCUCGAAUGGGAAAAGCAGAAAGCAAUGGAGGUGAAGAAUUGAGAAAUCGACAUACUAUGGAAAUAGAGUAUUUGUUUAGGAUUACACGAUGCUUGACUCGAGUUACAGCUAAGAUUCGGAAUUGGGUUUACCAACAGCCCAGGUUCAUAUCGGCUUAGACAGAAACUAGACGAAUCAGGUAUUGCGCAUUUUGUGCGUUGUAUUGAACAAGUAUAUUUCAUGGCUGUAAUUCUCUUAUCCAUUCUGUAGCACCCUUGCCAAUGAGAUCUCAACCUUGAAGUGAUGAAGCUCCAUCUUCUGGGACCUUAAAAUGAUGGAAAAGCAUUCCUAUUUUUGACCUAAACAAAAGACUUCUCAACGUUUCUCAAAAAAAUUUGGGAACAUGACAUGUGAUGCAUGAGCCAUUUCAAGAACAUACUUAUCAUGUAAGAUAGGGAGGGUGAUCGGCUUUUGACAUCCCAAGCAAAGCUUGACCCUGCAUAACAAGGUUGGAAAGAAAACACGCAGGUCGGAUAAGUUGAUCAUAACACAUUUUCAACAGUUUCACUCCGUUCCAAUGGAAGCAGAAACCCGCAGUUCAAAUUCAACAUCACAACUCAUUGAGAGGAAUAAAUAGCCAUGACCCAACGACUAUGAUUGUGAGGUGAUCUUUAUGUUUUUGUCCCCUAAGAU